AUGCGAACUCAGCUGAUGCCUCUGAACCAACCCCUUCAACCGUGGCCGACAGUUCCUCAGCAUCGUUGUGGAGAAGAGAACGCUCCAACCACGUCGUCGUCUUCGCUGCGUAGAUCUACCAGGGAAUCAAGGCCAAAACGAGCACUCAGCCCUACCCCAACAAGUCCAAAACGCCGACCUCGUAUGCAAAGACCGAGCUUCACCGAGCUCUCGCAGGGUGAUGACCUGAAGGAAAACGAAAGUACGUGGACUGAAGAAAAACCAGGAUCAAAUGGAAAUGAAAAUGGAAAUGAAGGCUCGUCUUUACCCAUGUCUCCUCAUUCAUCUCUUUUGAAGAGCGACGAAGACAACGUCGAAUACACCAAUGGUUGUAAGCCCAUGCAUCCUAUGGAAGCUUCCAAUGGGGGUGGAGAUGAACAGGUCGUCGCUGAUGACGACAUGGAAAACGAUCUUGUGGACAUUCAACCAUUCGAGACUAACGAGCCUGUAAACGAUGUGUUCGUGACUGUCAGUUUUUCAAGACGGAACGCUGUUCAGCACGUCAACGUGAGCGUUCUAACGCUACCGCAGUUAUCGGAGAAUAUCGAACACUCAGCGGAAGAUCCCUUACAGCUGCGAAGUACAGAGGAUUCGGUUCCAAUGUUGGACAAUGAAAUUGUCAUAAAAUCAUCACCUUCAGAUCUCCAAAUAGAUAAUAGGGAGCUCGAGUCUAUUUCACAGGAACAGGAGGCUGUUUUGGAAAGCGGUUCUAGUCGAACUUUCGUCCAUGAAGAAGAUGAAGUUGAUUCGGCACUUGAAAUUCUCAAUGAUGGCUGUGAUUCUUACACAGCAUCCAGCGACAGAAAUUAUCCCUCAGAAGAGGUCAACAAUCAGAUGGAACCACCAGUUCUAGAUGGUCCUAUAAUGGAUCCGUCGUAUGAACUGAAGCCCGGUGUUGAUGCUCCACCGAAACUAAUGGCGGAUGGAGUCCGAAAGGGAACCCCUAAACCGAUGCACUACGUCGUCGGAGAGAUCUACAGGGUUCACACACCAAACGGCACGGAGCAGGAGGUACAGUUGGCUGUCAUGGACGAUGGUUAUAAACGCCCAAUGGGGAAUAGUGGACUAAGGUGCACGCCGGAAGACUCGUAUGCUACCGUUGAUAUCUGUGAAAUUGACUUCAAUUUCCUGGACGAUAAGAACAUUGUUUGUGGGCUCUGUGGAGAAAUGAUGGAUCCGGAUAUGAUGAUUGGUCAGCUCCCAUACAUAGAGUUCUUAAAGAGGAAGUUGGAAGCUGAAAGGAAAACUAUACAAAGUGGAUUCAAAUCAGUAAUGUUUUCGAAGCAAACAAUUCUUCGGAGAACUCCACGCAAAGUCAGUCAGAUUCGCAUCAACCCCUCAGAAAUGUCUCUUCCUCAGCUUGAAAUUGCGUUGCGGAAAAAAUUGUUGGAAAAAAUGGGUCGCAGGGUAAGGGUAUCUCUUGUCGACAAGGAACACGUCAAGUGUGGCAUAUGCAGUUCUGUGAUCUCUAUUAAUAAGAAGUUUGAAAUUGUCCAUGUAGUUCGACACUUCAACGCUUGGCAUCCCACCAACCAUCAAUGUGCUGGUCAAUGGCAGAAACGAACUCAGAGGCCUGGAGUUGGCAAGCCGCUUUCGAAGCAGGAUUUUGCUGUCAUUGACUUAUCGCAUACUCAGCCUGACAAUCUGCAAUGUAUUUGGUGUGGGAUGUUUAUAGAUGCCACGACCAUAGCAGUUCACUUCACGGAAUGCCACCCCGGAGAAGUUGAAGUGCCAAAGUGUCUGCUCUGUAUUCAGGAGCUUGUGAUAAACGCACGUGUCAUAGAGAAGUUUGGUUCGGACUUUGACAUCAUUCUUCCUGAUGAAUUCCACAUUAAAGUUGAGAAACUGAACAAGCUGUUUACGUCUGAAUCGCAAAUGGACAGCGCUAUUGAAAAGUACCUGGAUACAUUGAACGGGAAACGAAAAAGGGGUCCAUUGACAGUGGAACGAAGAGUGUUCGAAGGAGAUUCUGUUGUUGUGCACACCACUGCCAUUCCCGGGGACGAUGACUCUGGUGAUGGACUAGAUGAGGAAGUUCUCACCCGACCGCGAAAGCCCAUAACGACUAACAGUCGUCAAGUUUUUGGUCGGCAUAACAAACCAAAGAGGAGCAUGGUGCAACCUAUUUAUCGGCAAGCUCCACCAACAAAUUCUGACUAUGUGAAGGUAAUCAAUAAUUCACACUGGAAGUGCAAGAUUUGUGACGCUGAUCUUUACGGAGCUGUGAUCUCAGCAUGCGCUAUUCGGCAUUUUAAACUGAAGCAUCCUCAAGAAUCGGACAGUCUUCAGUUUGAAGUUGUUAGAGCUCGCCUGGAUCGAAUAAGUGAUGGAUGCAUGGAAUUUGUACAUCCACAGAUGCUAGAGUGUCUUAUCUGUCAUCUUACUUACCAGUUACAUAAACCGUACAACGUCUGUCGCGGGAUUCGUCAUUUGAGGUCAAGACAUCCUGAGAUUAUGCCGGAAUUCAAUGGCGAACCGUUACGUCGAUAUCGAAAGACCGGGACAGCAUUGCGCUUGGAUGACGAUCCUAACAUCCCGAGACGACGCAGAGAUGCCCAGAUGGCUGUAAAAGAGAGCGCUGAUAUUUUAACCCGCAUGAAAGCGCAGUAUCCAGGCAGUUUCGAUAAGGUCCGGACUGUUUUUGGUGCUUCUGGUGAGCCAAUGUUUGUGCUCAUGAACGGCGAGGGUGAGCCUGAUGAACUAGUCAAAGAAGGUCUGAAACUCAUGUCGGAAAAUGCUGCUUCAGCAUCGCGUAACAAAGAGGCUGAGCAAAACGAGAAUAGUGACGGUGAAAAUGCAAGCGAUCUGAAACCUGGUAGAGAAGUGGUGUUCGAGCUGAGCUACGAUUAUGUGGGUUCCCUAUUCCAUCUCUUCAAGAAUUCACUAGCCAUUUCUGAUGUAAUCGAAUUUCAGAAUAAUUUGGAUGCUGACGGGAAACCGCAGAAACAUUUGGUUCGUGUGACUCCGGGUAACGACCAGCUGCCAAGUGCUAAACUACAGAACAAUGUGCAUAAAGAGAGAGAUUACUUUGUCGGCACGGAAGUUGAGGGUGAGGCGCCAAUUGACCAAAGCGAGAAUAGCGAGGUGUACUUCGAGAAUGCAGAUCGCGCUGAUGCUGGCUCAGCUGAUGAAUCAGCCGUCAUACUUGGCGAUGUUUUCUUCAUCGAUUCUGAUGGAAAUGAGAUUAUUCAACGAAACACAGCACUUCCGGAUGGCACCAUCGAAACACAGUACCUCGGACAGGUAGCUCGGGAAUUGCUGUUAUUUUCAUCGCUUACAUAUUUUUUUUACAUUUACCUAAUGGUAUGA